AGGGAGCCCAGUCAGGCAUGGAUUGAGCCCUUGAGCUAGUGCGAAUUGCUGGUGAAACGGAAGCUGGCUCUCGGGUUGGUGGGGAAAGCAUCGGAAAAGAGACCCUGUGCGAGGGUUUUUUGAAUCGGCGGAGCACAGAUUUGGGCCGUGUUCACACAACUCUGUGUCUACUAGGCUGCUUAAAUCCCACUGAAGUCAAUGGGACUGAGCAGCUCAAGGCACAAGACGCUUUGGGGUAAGCAACCGAUGCAUUGUGUCCUUGCAAAGGCGUCUGCCGUGCAGAGAGAAUUCAGUCAAUCAUUCUGCCGACGCAACCUCUCCUUGCUCCUUUUUUGCUCCUGGAGUGUCCAGCCGGUUGAACUCCGCAGCAGCAGCAGUAACCAUGGUAGAGUUCGUACAUGGUUUCACGGAAACACACUGAACGCUGGAGGAGGGCCGCAUCUUCCCCUAGGAGACCAUAUCCGCUUUAGCGUGUAUGGCCGCUUCAUUGGCUGCUGCUCUGCUUGUUAGCUUGUGGGGGCAGACUGGCGAUCCUCUCUUAAGAUUUAAAACGCCAGCCUUUCUCUUGUGUGUUCCAUUUGUUCGUGAUUUUCCGGUGGGUCCUUUGCCACCGGAGACUACAAAUAAGGAAAGGCUGCUCCUUAAAUAAUAAUACGGAAGCUGGGUCCUUUUAAAGAUUUCAUCAUCUGUGGCUCCAUAUUAAAGAUCCCGAGGUGAUUCGAGGUAAGGCUCCCUUCUUUCACGUAGACUGAGAUUUAUGGACUUGUACAUGAUGAAUUGUGAAUUGUUGGCGACGUGCAGCGCCCUCGGCUUCUUAGAGGGAGACAGCUACCACAAAGAGCCAGAUUGUUUAGAGAGUGUGAAGGACUUGAUCCGCUACCUCCGUCAUGAAGAUGAGUCUCGGGAUAUCCGGCAGCAGCUGGGGGCAGCCCAGAUCCUACAGAAUGACCUCAUCCCCAUCAUCAUCCAAUACCCUCAGGAUAAGCAGCUCUUCGAUGCUAUUAUCAGGUUAAUGGUGAAUCUUACCCAGCCAGCUCUCCUUUGCUUUGGCAAGCUCCCACAGGACACUAGCUUCCGUCAUCACUUCCUGCAAAUUGUCUCUUAUCUUCAGGCUUACAAAGAAGCUUUUGCCAAUGAGAAGAUCUUUGGGGUGCUGAGUGAGAAACUUUAUGACCUGCUGCAGCUGGAUUGGGAACAGCGCCAGGAGGAAGAUAACCUGCUAAUUGAGCGCAUCUUGCUGUUGGUGCGCAACGUGCUGCAUGUCCCAGCUGACCCUGAUGAGGAGAAGAAUGUUGAUGACGAUGCCAACACCCACGACCGGGUUCUGUGGGCUAUGCACAUCAGCGGCAUGGAUGACCUGCUCAAAUUCUUGGCCAGCUCCCAGAGUGAGCAGCAGUGGAGCCUGCAUGUGCUGGAGAUCAUCUCCCUUAUGUUCCGGGACCAGAACCCAGAGCAGCUGGCAGCUACAGGGCAGGCCCGCUCAGCCAAGGAGCGGGGCACAGAUGUGGUAGAGUUGGAGGCCCUGAGGCAGAAGGAACUGGCUGAGAAGAAGAGCCGUGUGCUCCAGCGGAGCAGCAGGCACUCUCGCUUUGGUGGCUGCUACGUCAUCCAGGGAUUGAAGUCUUUUGGCGACAGAGAUGUGGUGAUGCAUAAGGGACUGCACAAUGUGAAGAAUUAUAGCCACGAUCUGGGCAAAGAAGCACGGCGGGUGCCCAAGAGGAAGCAGCCUGCCCGUGAGGGUGAGGGUGCCCCUCGCCGCUCAGCCCUCAAUGUCCGCCUCUUCCUCAAGGAGUUCUGCACGGAGUUCUUGGAGAACUGCUACAAUCGCCUCAUGUAUCUGGUCAAGGAUCACCUGAUCAGAGAGAAGGCCCAGCAGCAUGACGAGACCUACUACCUGUGGGCCCUGGCUUUUUUCAUGGCCUUCAACCGGGCCUGCUCUUUCCAGCCUCAGCUGGUUUCUGAGACAGUCAGUGUCCGAACCUUUCACUUCAUUGAGCAGAGUCUGACCAACUAUUAUGAAAUGCUGCUCAUGGAUAAAAAGGAGGCCACAUCGUGGUCUAGAAGGAUGCACUUGGCUCUCAAGGCCUACCAGGAGCUGCUGAUGACUGUACAUGAAAUGGACCAUUCGCAAGAAGAAGCUGUGCGUAACAGCAGCCACAUCCUGAAGAAUAACAUUUUCUAUAUGAUGGAGUACCGUGAGUUGUUCCUCACCCUCUUCCGUAAGUUUGAUGAGACCAAGCAGCCCAGGUCAUUCCUUAAGGACCUGGUGGAGACUGCUCACCUUUUCUUGAAGAUGCUGGAGAGAUUUUGCAAAGGGAGGAACAACCUUGUGGUCCAGAGCAAGAAGUUUAAGAGGAAAAAAAAGCCCCAGGUUCAUCCUGCUGGCUCAGAUGUGCAGACCCAAACUCCCGAAGAGCUGGAGCAGAUGUGGCCAAGGCUGGCUGAGCAAAUCGGUAAAUGUGCAAAGGGUUCUGAGCCCCUUCCAGAGGAUGUUGUCCCUUUUGAUGCAGCCUCUGAAGUUCCACUGGAGGAGCAGCGAGCCGAGGCCAUGGUACGGAUCCAGGACAGCUUACUGGCUGGCCAGGCACCGGAAGCCCUCUCUCUCUUGCGUUCAGCCAGGGAGGUGUGGCCGGAAGGGGAUAUCUUUGGAUCUUCCACCUCUGAACCGGAUGAAGAAAUUGAGUUGUUGAAACAAAUCUUGUUUGCUAACCUCCCACGGCAAGUGGCACCCGAGACAGAUGAACCUGAGGAGGCAGUUGAGGAAGAAGAUGUUGCUGAGGAAGAGCUGGCAUCUGUACGGGUGUCAGAAAAGGAGUUCAGUUUCCUGGACUACAUGAAGCGGUUUGCUAAUACUAAUGUGGUCAAAGCCUAUGUCCUGCUCUUCAAGAACUACCAGCAGAACAGCUCCCACACCAACCACUGUGUGGUCAAGAUGCUGCACCGCAUUGCCUAUGACCUCAAGAUGGAGGCCCUGCUGUUCCAGCUUUCUGUCUUCUGCCUCUUCAACCGGCUCCUCAACGAUCCUGCUGCUGGGGCUUACAAGGAAAUGGUGACCUUUGCCAAGUACAUUGUGGGCAAGUUCUUUGCUCUAGCUUCCACCAACCAGAAAGCUUACAUGGAGCUGCUGUUCUGGAAGAAUACAGCUGUGGUCCGAGAGAUGACAGAGGGCUACACUUUGUUGCAGGAAAAAAAAGGCUCUGAUUCUUGCAAGGCUGUCCAGUGGACUCUGGAGGACGAGGAGGAACUGCGGGAGCUCUACUACAAAUACAAGGAAGUGGAAGGUGAGGACAUCCUUAAUAACAUCCUUGCACACCUGAGCACUCGCAAUCGAACACGGAAGCAGGUGGCCAAGCAGCUGGUGCACUUGGGGCUGGCAAAAAGUGUGCGAGACUUUCCUCGAGAGCGGAAGGGAACACGCAUCGUGCUAUGGACACAGGACCAAGAGCUAGAGAUUUGGCGGCUCUUUGAGGAGUUCCAGGGAACGGACGAUAUCCUGGGCAACAUGAUGAAGCACAUUACAGCUAAGCGCUCCAAGGCGCGCAUUAUUGAGAAGCUGCUCAGCAUGGGGCUGGUGUCUGACCGUAAGGAACUCUACAAGAAGCGCAAGCGCAAACCUGGCUCCCUUGGUGUGGACAAAGACAUCGGGGUGCCUGAUCUGGAUGACAUUAAUGAUUAUGAAGAUGAAGAGGAGGAAGAGGAUGACUUGGACAGUGAAGAAGAAGAGGAGAGAGCCUGGGAGGAUGGCGACAGUGAUGUGGGCAACAGGCCCCUGGAUGGGUGUAUGAACAAAAAGGGGGCAGGCACGUCUGACAGAGAUGCUCGGGAGCUUGUACAAAGCCUCAGGCAGGAAGGCUUGUCUGGCCCUUUGCUUUGGCUCCAGAACUGUUUGAACCGAACAGCUGCUGACCGAGAAGAGGAUGGAUGCACCCAGCCCGUGCCUUUAGUGCCACUGUCGGAGGAGAAUGAGGAUGCCAUGGAGCAUGGGGGUUUCCAGAAGCUCUUACGGAAAGCAGGGAUGCGAGCCCCAGCCAGUGAGCAGGAAUCUUUCUGGCGCAUCCCAGCGAAACUCAGCCCAGAACAGCUGCGACGGGUGGCUGCUUCCAUUACCCUACAAGAAAUGGAGGAAGAGACCAAAGAACAGCCAGUUGAGGAAGAGAAUCAAGAGGAGCCCCGGGGCCUUUUGGCAGAAAAGGAGGAGGCUAUCCAACUUCCUCUGGGACCCAAGCGGAGCCGCUUGAUCAAUGAGGAGGAAAAUGACAGCCAAGACUCUAGUGAGGAGGAGGAUGGUCCACAUCCCACUGGCAAGAGGAAGCGCCUGCGAAUUGAGGAGGACGAUGACGAAGAUUGAUGAGUGGAGCCCCCAACUCCCAAAGCCAGUUACAUCCACCUCCAGACCUUGAUCUGCAACCAGUCACCACAAACAGAGAAUUCUUCAAAGGACCAGAUUGGAAACUGUCAGAAUCCCCACAUGCACAAACCAUUCUUUCUUUUUAAAAAAAAAUUUGGGGAGAGGACACAGAGACUUUGACUCCUGUACAUGGCAUGGGAGGAAGAAGAGUAGACUUUUGAGUGGGGGAGGAGUAGAAUGGGGAAAUAGGAGGUGGGACCUACUCCCUGGCUACUCCACUACUGCAAUGUUACAAGCUGCGGCUAAUAUUGAAGCUGAGAUGAGAUGAAUCCUCCGAACUGUUCCAUGUUUGUAGAUAACCAUUGGAUGCCUGCUCCUGAAGCGGCACUGCUGAACAUUGUGGAGAGCCAAUGAGAGCCAUUGGAGACUAGGUUUCCAGGCAGAACUUGGAGGCUGCUGGCUCUUCACAUCCUGAGGCUUGUGGAUUUCCCCCACUCUUUCCCCUGGGCCUGGCUAAGGCUUCAUGGCCUUGUGGAUUUCCCCCACUCUUUCCCCUGGGCCUGGCUAAGGCUUCAUGGCCUUGUCCCCUUGCUUAUUCACAUGUUGCCUUAAAUACCUGCACUCACCCAUUUCUAUCUCUGCUACUCCUAUUCCUUCUCUGAAAGUGGGAGCGGAAGCUGAAAUCGCACAAUCUCAUUUCAUGUCAAGCUUUGCAGCUGGGUGGUGUGGUGAUGGGGGUGACUCCCCAAACUGCAGCUCUGCCGGGAGGAAGGGUUCCCAUGUUGCCUUUUGCCCCCAGAUGACCUGCCCCAAACAAGAUGCCUCCAUUGCCAGUUGCAUCCCCUGUUGCAGUUUGCUGCUUUUGUCAGUCCUUGAUUUCACUGUGUUUGAGCUGUUCCAGGCGGAGGCAGUGCUCCAGGAGUUUAGGGUUCGCCUCCCACUGUUCAGGGAUUUUCCGCCACCCCACUGUCAGUAGGGUAAUGUGUAAUGUUUGUGUUAUGUUUUUGAUAUUAAAAAAAACCACAACUUGGUUGAAUCACUCUGAAGUCAGAAUAUUUUGAAGGUUCCUCUGCUGUGUCUCACAUCACUGCUCAGAAUAGCAUCUGGGGAGAGAAAGAACUGAGAGCAUUUGUGCAGGGGGUGAAGAUUCUGUUUUGUAAACUAGCUGUUUUGAAUCACUGUUUCUGAAACCGGCUUCAGUCCUGUCCUGAUUCCCUUUCUAGGUUCUGCUAGCAGUGUCUCUUUUCAUAAGCUGACCCACCCUGAUCCAGGUCUGUUUUUCUCCUUUGCUAAAAAGAUGGAUUUAUAUAAUAAAUCUGCAAACCACA